AUGAUUUCUCUUUCCUUUUUCUCGCAUUAUUUUCUUCUUAUUUUUCUCCUUCAUUUAUUCUUUAUCCCCUUUCCUUCUAUCUUUAUUGCUCUUUCUUCUUCCCUAUUUUUCUUUCUGCAUUCCCCACUCUCUCUAUCUCUCUCUCUCUCUUUCUCUCACUUUCUCGCGCUCUCUUGGCGCAAGAGGUUUGAAGAGAGGCGCAAGGCGGUGGAAGAUGACUCCAGGAGCGGCAGGAUUUCAACAAGCAGGAAUGAGCUCGAACGGGUAAGGCAGGUGGUGCGUGACGAUUGUCGGUUGACCGUUCGAAUGAUAUCAAAUUUCCUUUUCUUUCUUUCGUUUCUUCCUUCCUUUUGUCUUUUCCUCCACCUCCUGUCCCUCUCAAUUCCCUCUUGCCUUUUGUAUCGAUUCAUCGUCUGCUUGUUGCUUCCAUUCAUUCCUUCACUUGUAUUUACCCAUUUCGCCAUUUUCUAUACUUCUUCCUCUCUCGUUCACGUCUUUUCUUUUUCUUUACAACUUUCCUUCUUCUAUUUUCUUUUUUCUUCUUUUUUUAUUUUCUUUCUCUACAUUCUCUUCCUCGUUAUUUAUCGUUCUUUUCAUUCUUCUUUAACCCUUCUUUCUUUCCUCAAUUAUUAUUGCUUUGUCCUUUUUCUUUAUUUUUCAUUUAUAUUUCUAUUUCGUUCUUUAUUCUCUGCUUUCAUUUUUUUCUUAAAUCAUUUCUUCAUUCUUUUAUUCAUUUUCUUUUUCUUUCGCCAUUUAUUCGUUCUUUUAUUCAUUUUUCAUAAUUUCUUCAUUCUUUUCUUCAUUUCCUUUCUCCGUCAUUUAUUCGUUCUUCAUAAUUUCUUCAUUCUUUUAUUCAUUUUCUUUCUCUUUCGCCAUUUAUUCGUUCUUUAUUUGUUAUUUAUAAUUCCUUCAUUUUUUAUUUAUUUUCUUUAUCCGUCAUUUAUUCGUUCUUCAUAA